AACAUGGUAUGGAGUAUACAAACGCCAGCGCAAGCCGUAAGCCAUAAGAUCCCUUUGAUUCUUGAAAUCCUCGUUCUUCUCUCUCAAGGGUUUUUGCUUCUUUCUUUCAUUUCACCUUGUUCCAUGCUCAAUCCCAAUGCUAUAAUAACUAUCUUUGUUCUAACCGCAUUUGAUUUUUCGACCCAACUUCAAGAUCCAAACGGUAAGAUCAUGUGUACAAAUCUUGCUUCUUGAUUUCAAUGGAACCUACCGAUAAAGAAGAGAAGGAUAUCUGUGUAAUUGGUGACCGAUCAACUAGUGAUGUUGUGGUGAGGCUACGCACGCAAGAAGGUCGAGAUGAUUGGUUGUACUGUCACUCAACGAUACUUGUCGAAAAUUGCAAGUAUUUUGCUGAUCGGCUAUCUGAGAAUUGGCCAACAUGUCAGAUACUAGGUUCGCGCAACUGUGUUGAUGUUAAUUGUCAAGAAUCAGAUUUCGAUUACCAUGUAAAUUUUAUUCGACUUCUCUACGUUGUGGUUGAUGGUUCAGUUGAUGAUUUGUGGCAUGGUGUUAGAAAUGCUCUUGGCAUUCUCAAAGUAGCUGUUGAGCUUGAAUGUCCGAAAAUUGUUGCCGCGUGUGUGAAAUACUUGGAAGCAAUGACAUGGGAAGAGAGUGAAGAGGAGGAGAUAUUGAAAAUUGUACCGAGAAUGGGAUUACAAGCUGAGCCUAUCCUAGCUAGACUUCAACCGGUUAACCAGUUAGCUAUCAGAAACAUAUUUCUCUCGGCCAUCCGCUUUGCUACAUCGUCGCCUCCACUGGCAAUGAAUGAUCUGAAAUCUUCAGCACAAGAGCAACUUGAGUACAUGCUAACUGAGGACGAUGAUGCCCCUUUGUUGAUCGCUGAUGAUAAUAUAAAAUAUGAGGUAAAAGAAUGUGUAAAAAGACUAUUUUCCGGGUUUAACAACUCAUUGAUACAUUUACUCGGUGGUUCCACAGAAUCACUUCCUGAAGUAGGGAACGUCUCGGUUAAAUCCUAUUUGACUGAUUUGUCAUGGGUUUGCCAGAUACUGAGCAAGUUAGAAAUAAUGAGAGAUUUUAUUGAGUACUGGUUUGAUGCAUCGGAAAGGAUUGUCAAAGUACUUGAACUUGAACAAGGAAGUUCUACAACUGAAGUUGUCGAGAUAAAGUUGCGAGCAAUUGAGGUAACAUCAAAGGUUUUAGAGGCAAUUGCUUACGGCACUGUUAUACUGCCAACUGCGAAACGUCUUCAGGUUUUGAAAUUGUGGCUUCCAUUUGUGAGGGUUACCAAACCAGUGAUUGAUUCUGCCAUGACGAAUUGUGAGGAUGCUGCGUUGCUUAAAAUGGAUGGCGAAAUGUGGCAAUCUCUGGAAUCCAGUUUUGUCUCUAUCAUUCUUGCAUUGCCAUCAGGGGAUCAGGCAGGGCUUUUAACUGAAUGGUUGCAAAACGAGAAUAUACGGUAUCCAGACCUGACUGAGGCAUUCGAAGUAUGGUGUUAUAGAUCCAAGGUUGCAAGGAGAAGACUCUCAUUGUUAGAGGAUGAGCAUGUCAUGACACAGUAACCUGCUCAAUUUGAUGUGUUCCCGAAUUAUGUUCCUCAAAAUUAAAGUACUACUCUAAACUUCAUGCCUAGUCAAGGAGAGAAUAUCGUCUCUUUUUUACAUGUGAAUGGGAUAUUUUUGUAGGAGGCAUCUAAUUUGAACUAUCUCCAUCUCCAUUCACAUUAAAUCAAUGUAAAUUGCUCUGAAGAGUAUGUAAAACAUUGUAGUUCUAAUUGUGAAUGUAGAGAAUGUAUUUUUGUAAUAAUUGAUUCCAGAGUAAUCAAAAUAGUGCACAGCUGACCUAUACUAAUUGACGGUUUUA